AACUAUGAAACGAUUUAUUAAAACAAAUAGUGGAUUAUAUAAUCAAAAUAUGAAAUUAAUCUCUGCACACAACAAUUUUUUUCUUCAAAAAUACUUUUUGAAGUGGUGUUGUGGUGGCGUUGUCAAACCAAUGAAUAUAAGAGUUUCUAUCACAUUUCGAUGUUUAAAAAAACCCCUUUUCUUUACAAUGGUAAUGCCACAUCUUUUCCCUCUGGGGUUUGUGAAUUGGAGUAAUUUUAAUCCAAUUAUCUGCAGUUGAAAAAAAAAUUGGGUGUAACUGUUGAAACCUGAGGGUACCACAAUCUACUGAAUGUUUUAUAUAUCUCCAUGAGCCCAAUAUAAACUCUUUUCAUCCUCCAAGAUUAGAUUUUGGAGAAUAUAUUAGUUGUAGAAACGGCAAUAUUUCAGCGCUAGCAAUAUCUUGAUUAUUUCUUUUUUCACAUUCUGUCGCUUAUCGCACGGAUUCAAAUCGUCGUUCAUGGUUUUCGUGAGGACUAUGUUUGAGAAAUAUCCGCACAGCCACUUUAAAGUUUGUGUUAAUCUCUAAGAGCAAUAUAUUAAAGCUCAUAUAUAAUGUUAACAAAUUAAAAAGUCCAAAUCGUACACAUUAGUCGCAUGGGCUCCGUGUCCAAUAACACGCCAAGGAUAAAAUACUAGUAAUAUAUGUUGAUUCUUGGACUAUUAUGGUUAUUAAACCAUCAUAUAAUCAUGUACUUACUUUUAAGUAUAGUUUUUGCAAAUUUUUCUUUUUACAUCAGUUCACAGUUCUUUGGAAUUUUAAUAAACGUGUGUUUAUUACUGUACCCUGACUCGUCUUUUAUACAUAUGACAUUCAGUAAAUUUUAACUCGAACACGCUUCCAUAACCCCAUGGUGCCCGAUUGAUUAAUUUGUAUUUGUAUAGUUUUAGUUGAUAUAAGGUAGAUAUAAAUCUGCGGCUCGAGAUGAACUUCUUUAGGAAGACUUAUCCCCCGAACACUGUCAUUCAUCAUAAUGUCGGCCGAGGACCGUAUGCACCAAGCCUUACCCCGUUUGCCGUGAAGCUGGAGACCUAUUUACGGAUGACAAAAGUCCCAUUUAUGACUGAAAAUGACAGUGGCAGAAACAGAAGUUCUAAAGGAAAACUGACCUGGAUAGAAUACAAUGGACAUGAAGUAGCAGACUCAGAAUUCUGUAUCCAGUUUAUAAAUAAAACAUUCAACAUUGAUCUAGACAAGAACUUCUCUGAUGAAGAAAUUGGGGCAGGUAGAGCCAUCCAAAGGAUGGUGGAUGAACAUCUGUAUUGGACAGUUGUUCUACAACGCUGGGUGUAUGAUCCCAAGCAUGGAAUUGAUGUCAAAAAACACAUGAAGGUUCCGUGGCUUGUUUUCUGUAUUGGCAGAAACAAGAUAAAGAAUCAGAGCUACGCACAAGGAGUAGGCAGGCACACCGAGGAAGAGAUGCUUCAAGUGAUGGAUGAAGAUCUACAGGCCCUGUCAAAGUUCCUAGGCAAAAAGACGUUCAUGUUGGGUGAACAAGCCAGUCAGACUGAUUGCGCCGUGUUUGGAAUGUUAUCUCAGAUUCACUGGCAGGGCUUUGGAGGUGCAGCAGAGAAGUUGUACAAAAAAUAUCCCAAUUUAAGCACAUACUGUGAACGGAUGAAAGCGGAGUUCUGGCCAGACUGGGACGAUUGUAUUACCCACGGUGGGACGAGGAAAGCUUCCAAAUGAAUGCAUAAUAAUAAUAGUAUCGAUUCAUUAUGCAUUUCACAAUAAGUGUCACAAUAGACCCACAACAACAUUUUCGUCACUUUUUUUACAUAAUUUGCAUAAUUGUAUUUGUAUUUUGUGAUUAUUGUUUUGUUUAUAAAAUUCAAUUAUUUUGACUGAGCGUUUUGAAAAAUGUUGGUAUCUAUCUUGUAGCGGAUGCAUGUGCUAACUUGGAGACAAUUCUGAAAUUCUGAACAUGAAUUGUUUAUACAAAUGUUGUGUAAUUUAGUUUACAAUCUCUGCUAUUAACAGA